GUUAGUCCUGGCUAACCACAACAACAGCUGUUGUUGCCAAGAUGGCCGGCCACUUCGCAGAGUUGGAGGUUCCCCUGGACACUAACCAGGCUGGGGACCAAAUGAAGGGGGUUUUGAGACGCUGCAGAGGACGGCCGAGGCUCACGGACUCCGACCGGGCACAGAGGCGGCUGGAGUCGCGGAAGAAGUACGACGUGCGGAGAGUUUACCUGGGAGAGGCGCACAGGCUGUGGAGUGAGCUCCGCCGGCGGACCAGCCUGACUGAUGCCGGGCUGGCCGAGUACCUGAUCCUGCUCAACUCCACCUACGGCGAGAAAUACCAGCAAAAAUACUGCGGGAAGAAGACUGCCCCUGAAGUGUCAGCAAAACAGAAAAAGGGGAGGAAGGAGCGCGUGUCCAGCCUGCACAGCCUGGUGUCUUGGUACCAGGAGCACUCGCGCUCCUGCCCCCACGAGCCCCAGCUCCGGGCGCUGGAGCCGCAGCCCGGCUUCUCCACUGCUGCUGUGUGGCAGUGUGACUCCAACCACUCGUUUGUGCAGUACCUUUUCUCACCACCGAGGGAGGCCAGCGACUCUGAGCACGACGGGGCCAUGAAUGAUGAGGGCAACGGGGAGAGAGCAUCAAAGGCGGACGCGCCGGUGUCGAAAAGCAUCGUGACCAGGAAGAGAAGAAAAGAGGCUAAUGUUCACAGACGCUUCAGAGAUGAGGAGGAAAAUAUGGAUGAUGCCGGGAUACAUGGUACAAGUCUGAGCGCCAUGGAGCAAACCACGUCUCUCAACCACCACCCCAGGGUGGAGGCUCCCUCCCGGGACGUUCCGCUGGCAGAGCAGCCUGUCUGGGAGAUGGAGAUGGUACUGGAGAGACAGCACGGCUCCACCGAAGUAGCAUUUCACCCAGUAGGAGAGCCCGCCACCUCAGAGGAGGAGGCUGAGGAUCUGAGGAGAGACAAACACGAAGAGGGAGGAGGAGGACGGAGAAGUGAAAGAUCGAGAGACGAAGGGAUCAGGACGGCGCCAGAUGGUUACGAGUGUGUUACAGGAGCUGCAUCCUUAGCCGAUAAGCUGGAGAAGGCCGACGAGGACUCGGUGCUGUCACAGACUUUGAGUGAUUCGGUCGGACUGGGCUCUCAGCCUGACCUGUCGGUGCCGCCGCCCAUGCAGGUGCCAGAGCAGGGCGAGCUGUUCGACCCCCAGACCCUGCAGACGGUGGUGACCAGCUGUGAGAUCCCAGACCAGAGGACGGCUCUGGAAGGCUCACAGUUAAUAAUCAUCACGGGCCCCAGCUAUGAGGCUCUGGCGUCGGAGGGCAUCCAGCUCAACAUGGGAGGUGCAGACGUGGAGGAAGUCACCUGCACCGUGAUCGAAGGGGUGACGUACAACCAGGUCUGCCAGUCGGACACAGACCUGAGGACAGCGGCAGAGGACUCCAUCACAGCUUUGAGUGAAAAACACUUGCUGCAGCCCACAGUCGAGCCUCUGGGGCUAAGCACCGAGAGAGAAUUACAGAGGAGCCUGAGCAGUGUCCGGUCAAAGAGAAGCAGGCGAGGCCCGGUCAUUGAGGCAGACGGCAUGCUCAAGAUGUUCCACUGUCCGUAUGAGGGCUGCAGUCAAGUCUAUGUAGCUAUCAGCAGCUUCCAGAACCACGUAAACCUAGUUCACAGGAAAGGCAGGACCAAGGUCUGUCCCCAUCCAGGCUGCGGGAAAAAGUUCUAUCUGUCAAACCACCUGCAUCGCCACAUGAUCAUCCACUCAGGGGUCCGAGAUUUCAUCUGUGAGACGUGCGGAAAAUCGUUUAAACGCAAGAAUCACCUGGAGGUUCACAGACGGACCCACACAGGAGAGACGCCGCUUCAAUGUGAGAUCUGUGGGUACCAGUGUCGCCAGCGCGCGUCCCUCAACUGGCACAUGAAGAAGCACACGCCAGAGGCCCACUACAACUUCACGUGCGAGUACUGCGGCAAGAGGUUUGAGAAGUUAGACAGCGUUAAGUUCCACAAGCUAAAGAGCCACCCGGACAAGCUGGCGACCUGAGACGCCGCGGCCCAGCUGGCAGGAGCUAACACUACCAAAACAAGGGAGGACGGCCCUCGCAGGCCAGAGGAAGCUGUGAAGUGGAGUUUCCCUUGCUGUGCUUUUCACUCAAGAGUUUCUCGACUCUUGUGUUCAUGGUGACAAAAAACAUGUCUUUACAGAGGCUGCUGAUUAAGAUACGGUUUAGUUCCAAGUGGCGCAAGUCUCAGCCUUGCGGGGCACAAGCUGUUUACGAUUCUAUGGCCCGAGAUGAGGUUUUGAACACAUUUGGAAGAGAAAGUACUCCGUCAACUAUGAUAUAUUUUCUUUUAGAGUAGUUGUUUACAUCAUAUUUUGUGGUUCUCUAAUUAACAGAAAUAUUUUCAUUGCUUAUGGAGUAUAGGUGAUUAUUCAGUCAAUUGAUACACUACCAAGAAAAAAAAAAAAGACUAAUUACUGUGCCUGUGUGGCUGGAAUAUGAAGAUGUUGGUACAAACCCUUGUUAAAUGUUGUGUUCUCUUAAUUCAGUAUGUGAAAUUUUUGUUAGUGUGUUGCACUAUUCUGCUUGUCAUGACAGAGAUGUUGGGUCUUCCAUUCUGAGCAAAUUGGACAUCUAUUACGUGUGUGUGUGUGUGUGUGUGUGUGUGUGUGCACGUGCUGUUUCUGAAACUGUUGGGAGAGUAGUCUUGGUAAAAGAUAUCCUAUUAGUGUGCUGUCUCCAUCCAAGUAUCCGGCUUAUAGGCAGUGAUGAGAAAUACUGGCCAAAUGAGUUUUAUGUGAUACUUAAUUUCUCAGGAAAAUUGACUCGUCCUUUUUUUUUUUUUGUCCCUUUCUUCAGUUCUGUCAGUGCGUGAAGACAUUUUGUCUCGUCUGAUGCAGAAACUUAUUUAGUUUGUAAGCAGAUGCACUUUGUGUCCCUUCUGGCGGUUACAUCAGCUGAUGAAUCACUGUAAAAUCUGUGAAAUAUACACAUACUGUACAUUUUUUUUUCUCCGAAAGACAUUUGUUUGACACAAAUGGCUAAUAAAAUGCAGUGUGUUCUUGACUCUUGCA